CUCAUUUGCUUUUCCCGUUUCUCUCCGCAUUCUCUUCUCUUUCAAUUUUCCCUCCUUUAUAUAUUUUCUUUUCCUUUGCAUUUUCCUCGUCACAUUAUUCAUUCUAUUCUCUUCUCCUCAUGGCGCCGAGCACCGGAGACGUGCAACUAACUUCCCCCGCCUCCGGCGAAGAUUCCGACGACCUCGAAGACGUUCGCCUCCUCGACUCCUACGACAAAAACGACGUCGUUCACGAUGAAACGAAAAGAAUUCAGGUCAGAAUCACCGGCAUGACCUGCGCCGCGUGCUCCAACUCCGUCGAAACGGCUCUCCGGUCCGUUCACGGCAUCACCGAAGCCUCCGUCGCUCUUCUUCAAAACAAAGCCGACGUCGUUUUCGUCCCCGGCCUCGUCAAGGAUGAGGAUAUCAAGAAUGCGAUUGAAGACGCAGGUUUCGAGGCCGAGAUCUUGCCGGACUCCGGUGCGGUGGCGCACGGCGGAGCCGCCGCCGCCGUGGUGGGGCAGUUCACCAUCGGCGGGAUGACGUGUGCGGCAUGUGUGAAUUCCAUUGAAGGCAUUCUGAGGAACCUCAACGGAGUGAAAAGAGCAGUGGUGGCUCUGGCAACUUCGUUGGGCGAGGUUGAGUAUGAUCCCAACGUGAUAAGCAAGGACGAUAUUGUGGCUGCGAUUGAAGACGCGGGUUUCGAGGGCACGUUUGUGCAGAGCAACGGGCAGGACCAGAUUGUGUUAGGGGUGAGUGGCGUGUACUCUCUUGGUGAUGCUCAGGUUCUGGAAGCGAUGCUGAGUGGCACCAAAGGGGUGAGGCAGUUUCGGUUCGACACGGCGGUGAACGAGCUUGAUGUGGUGUUUGACCCUGAAGUUAUCAGCUCGAGGUCGUUGGUUGAUGGGAUCCAGUUGGGGAGUAAUGGCAGGUUCAAAUUGCAUGUUAGGAAUCCUUACGCUAGGAUGGCUUCUAAAGAUGGUUCAGAAAGCUCCACUAUGUUUCGCCUUUUUAUUUCCAGCUUGUUUCUCAGUAUUCCUCUCUUCUUCAUGGGGGUGAUUUGUCCUCAUAUACCAUUGGUUUACUCUUUAUUACUUUGGAGAUGUGGGCCUUUUCUCAUGGGUGAUUGGCUGAAUUGGGCGUUGGUGAGUGUCAUUCAAUUUGUGAUUGGGAAACGCUUCUAUAUAGCAGCUGGAAGAGCUCUUAGAAAUGGUUCAACAAACAUGGAUGUCCUGGUUGCUUUGGGAACUACAGCCUCUUAUGCUUAUUCUGUUUGUGCUCUUCUGUAUGGUGCCCUUACAGGAUUUUGGUCUCCAACAUACUUUGAAACAAGCGCUAUGCUUAUAACAUUUGUAUUGUUGGGCAAGUAUUUGGAGUGCCUUGCCAAGGGAAAGACCUCUGAUGCCAUUAAGAAGCUAGUGGAACUUACUCCUGCAACAGCUUUAUUGAUUGCCAAAGAUAAAGGUGGUAGAACUGUUGAAGAAAGGGAAAUAGAUUCCUUGCUCAUUCAACCUGGUGACACAUUAAAAGUUCUUCCUGGUACAAAGAUUCCUGCUGAUGGUAUUGUUACUUGGGGCUCAAGUUAUGUAAAUGAGAGUAUGGUGACUGGUGAAUCUAUACCCGUUUCAAAGGAGGUCAAUGCAUCUGUUAUUGGAGGUACGAUCAAUUUGCAUGGCGUCCUUCACGUUCAAGCCACCAAAGUAGGAUCUGAUACAGUUUUGAGUCAGAUAAUUAGUUUGGUGGAGACAGCCCAGAUGUCCAAAGCUCCCAUUCAAAAGUUUGCUGAUUAUGUUGCAAGCAUAUUUGUUCCUACAGUUGUGGUGUUGGCAUUAUUGACACUAUUGUGUUGGUAUGUAGCUGGGGCUCUUGGAGCAUACCCAGAUGAAUGGCUGCCAAAAAAUGGAAAUCACUUUGUUUUUGCUCUUAUGUUUUCAAUAUCUGUUGUGGUGAUUGCAUGUCCAUGUGCACUUGGUUUGGCAACACCAACUGCUGUCAUGGUGGCAACAGGGGUUGGGGCCAACAAUGGUGUGUUAAUUAAAGGAGGAGACUCCUUGGAAAGGGCUCAGAUGGUGAAGUACGUCAUAUUUGAUAAAACAGGCACUCUAACUCAGGCAAAAGCCACUGUUACUGUUGCUAAAGUGUUUGGAGGAAUGGACCGUGGAGAUUUUCUUACAUUGGUGGCUUCUGCUGAGGCUAGCAGUGAACACCCACUGGCAAAAGCAAUAUUGCAAUACGCUCGCCAUUUUCAUUUCUUUGAUGAGUCUUCUCCUACCAGUGAUACCAAGAGUGCUUCUGAGGACUACAAGUCAGGGUGGCUUUAUGAUGUCUCAGACUUCUCUGCUCUUCCAGGAAGGGGCAUCCAGUGCUUUAUAGAUGGGAGGCGUAUUUUGGUUGGUAACCGGAAGCUGCUGGAGGAAAAUGGCAUAAAUAUUUCUACAGAAGUCGAAAAUUUUGUAGUAGAGCUUGAAGAAAGUGCAAAGACAGGGAUACUAGUUGCAUAUGAUGAUAUAUUAAUUGGAGUCUUAGGGAUUGCAGACCCACUAAAGAGAGAAGCUGCUGUUGUUAUAGAGGGCCUACAGAAAAUGGGAGUCAUACCUGUGAUGGUUACAGGAGAUAACUGGAGAACAGCUCGAGCUGUAGCCAAAGAGGUUGGCAUUCAAGAUGUUAGGGCAGAAGUUAUGCCUGCAGGAAAGGCUGAUGUUGUUCGUUCAUUCCAAAAGGAUGGAAGUAUAGUUGCAAUGGUGGGUGAUGGCAUCAAUGACUCUCCAGCAUUAGCUGCUGCAGAUGUUGGUAUGGCAAUUGGGGCUGGGACAGAUGUUGCAAUAGAAGCUGCUAACUAUGUGCUGAUGAGAGAUAACUUGGAAGAUGUGAUCACUGCCAUUGAUCUUUCCAAAAAGACCUUUUUCCGUAUUCGAUUGAAUUAUGUAUUUGCGAUGGCUUACAAUGUUGUUGCUAUACCAGUUGCUGCCGGGGUUUUCUUUCCUUGGUUGGGGAUCAAGCUGCCACCAUGGGUUGCUGGUGCAUGCAUGGCUCUGUCGUCUGUAAGCGUUGUAUGCUCUUCUUUGCUUUUGAGAAGAUAUAGAAAACCCAAACUUACUACAAUACUUGAAAUAGUUGUAAUUUAACGAGAAUUGAAACAGAAUAACUUGAGGGUGCAAAUAAAUUUGACCCUUGUAAUUCCAAUUUUGUGCAUUUUUCCUUUAUAUCCGCUGCACCCAUUGGGGUGCAAUUGUAAUUGUAGCUGCCGAUUCAUUGUAAAUGCUCUUGUAAUUUCAUAGUUCUUCCUCUUAA